CUCGUUUUGCUUGGUAAGAUGUUAUUUAACUAUUCGGAUUAGUUUCGCUCACUCAAUCCUGCUCUAGCUCAUGCAGUCUCUGUUUGAUUCUCCGAAAGCUCUCGUGGAAAUCUUGUGAUAUAACUACAAGUCUACGGUAAUGAACUGCCUAUCUCAUCAUGCGCGUUCUUACAUUUCCUUGGGGCUUCUCAAGAGAUCCAGCUAUGUCACUUCCAAGAUCCCCCCAUGGAACCAAUGCUUUUACAUGCCUUCAAAGCCCUGUUUAAACCCUGCAACUGUUGUCAGCCCACUCGGACUCUCCAGGGCUCAUUGUUAUUCCUCCAGAUCAAAGUCUGGUAAAUCGAAAAUGUUGACGGCUGUUUCUGUUGCUGAUAAAGAGAAAGAGAAAGAGAAAGACGCCUUCUUUGUUGUCCGGAAGGGUGACGUUAUUGGAAUCUACAAAGAUUUGAAUGAUUGCCAGGCUCAAGUUGGAUCCUCGGUGUUUGAUCCUCCGGUUAGUGUUUAUAAGGGAUACUCGUUGCCUAAAGACGCAGAGGAUUAUCUUUCUUCUGUUGGGAUGAAGAACCCUCUCUACUGUUUUGGAGCUUCUGACUUGAGAGAGGAUAUGUUUGGCUCUCUCACGCCUUGUCUUUUCCAGGAGCCAACUUCUUCCAAAGUUAAAGUAUCUGAAGAAGAGGAUAUCUCAGAGAUGAAGUCAAAAGAUAUGAAACAUGAUAUGCCUUCUGCUUCGGUUUUUGAUCAGCAGCUAAAACCAUCGGCUGUUACUUCAGAUGAAACUUGCUUUAUUGAGUUUGAUGGUGCAUCAAAGGGGAAUCCAGGUCUCUCUGGCGCAGCAGCUGUACUGAAAACUGAGGAUGGAAGCUUGAUAUGUAAAGUGCGUCAAGGAUUGGGAAUUGCCACAAACAAUGCAGCAGAGUAUCAUGGAUUAAUCCUAGGGUUGAAGCAUGCUAUUGAGAGAGGUUACAAGAAAAUUAAAGUGAAAGGUGACUCCAAGCUGAUAUGUAUGCAGAUUAAAGGUAAAUGGAAGGUAAACAACGAGGUAUUGUCGAAGCUGCACGAGGAAGCUAAACAACUAACCAACGAAUGUAUCUCUUUCGAGAUCAGUCAUGUACUAAGGAAUCUUAACUCUGCUGCAGAUGAACAAGCAAACUUGGCUGUCCGCCUUCCCGAAGGACAAGUUGAAGUGGCGUGAAGACUUUGUACUUAUUUUCCGUGAACGAAGAUAGAGUUUGGUUUGUAGCCUGAACAAAAAGCACAGCACCCCAAUCAAAAUCUGAAUAGUAGCCUGAACAAAAAGUAUUCAUUCAACAUGUCUUCA